AUGACUCAGGAACGAAUUAACAGCAAUAAUAAUACUUAUGCGUUCGUGUUAGAGGAUCCCUCAAAGCCAAGAAAAUAUCAACUAAACUUUCAUCUCGAUCAUCAUCAGUAUAAAGAACCUACGCAUAUACAAUCCACAAUGGAACAACAAACUUUAGCGCCUCAUCUUCCUCAUAACCCUCAACAUCAUUCGCUUCAUCAUAUCGAUCGCAAUCCGCUUCCUUCACGACAACCUCCGCAGAUUACGUUACCUCCUAUAAGAGAAUUGCUUCAUCAAUCACCUCCUCCUAUACCUCAACAACAACCUCCUCCUCCAUUACCAUUACCUCCAUCACAACAGCAACAACCACCAUCACGAAUGAUUCCGUUACAGCAACAGCAACAACCGCAAUAUUUACAGAAUAUUCAUUCUCAACUUAAAUCGGAUGUUCAAAGACCUCUUUUGCCACCGCUUGAAACCACUCAAAAUUAUCAAUCGAUAUUUAAUUCUACAGAUCAAUUCAUUUCCAUCUUAUCCAACUCAACGAUAUUUUGUAAAUCAUAA